GAAGCAGCUUCAAGCUUUCUUGGGGUUGUUAAAUUUCUACGCCAGUUUCCUUAAGGGGAAGACAGAAGUGGCGGAACCCCUUCAUCGGCUUUUGGACCACGAGCAAGAAUGGAAAUGGACAGGUGAGCACCAGCGGGCGUUUGAAAAGCUGAAGAAGUUGCUUAGCUCGGAUGCAGUACUUGUUCCCUAUGACCCCAAGCGGCCGUUGGUUUUGUGCUGCGACGCGUCGCCUGUCGGGGUAGGGGCCGUGCUGGCGCAUAGGGCUGAUGACGGGAAAGAGCAACCUAUAGCAUACGCCUCACGAACUCUCGGUGCUAGUGAACGCAACUAUGCCCAGAUUGACAAAGAAGGUUUAGCAGUCGUCUUUGGAGUGAAAAGAUUUCACCAGUACCUGGCCGGAAGAGACUUUACCGUAGUAACGGAUCAUAAGCCGCUGUUGGGGUUGUUCAACACAGAGAAGCGGGUGCCAGAAGUGCUGUCGCCCAGGAUGCUUCGCUGGAUUUUGUUGUUAGGGGCGUAUAAUUAUCGCAUUCAGUACAGGGGGGGCGAAGACAACUCCAACGCUGAUGCGCUUAGUCGUCUGCCAAUCGUGGGAGACGAAGACGAGCCACAGCCACCGGGGGACGUGCUCCUGCUUGAAGCUGUCGAGUAUGCUCCACUCCAGGCGGCAGACAUCGCAAGGAUGACCAAGGAAGACUGCAUCUUAUCCAAGGUCAAGGAUUGGAUCCUCAGUGGCUGGCCGUCGAGGCAACCGGACAAUACGUUCGCGCCUUACGAGGUAAGGAAGUCCGAGUUGUCGUUGCAUCGUGAUUGCAUACUGUGGGGAAACCGUGUGGUCAUCCCGCAAGUGGCAAGAGAGAGAGUACUUCAGUUGGUGCAUGCAAACCACCCGGGAAUGAGUGCCAUGAAAGCUUCAGCAAGAGGGCUUAUGUGGUGGCCAAAGAUGGACAGCCAGAUUAAAGAAUUUGUGCGGUACUGUCAGCCGUGUCAAAGUAACCACCAAAGCGACCCCAAGGCUCCCGUGCAGUUCUGGGUCAAGCCAGAUCAACCAUGGAGUCGUCUACACAUAGACUUCGCGGGGCCAGUCAAGGGAGAAGUGUUUCUAAUUGUAGUUGAUGCGUACAGCAACUGGGCAGAGGUAGAAAUCAUGCCAUCAAUGAAAUCUUCAGCUGUCGUCACCAGCUUAAGGAAAAUGUUUGCGACUCAUGGGGUACCAGACGUAAUCGUCUCUGAUAAUGGCACAGCGUUCAUUGGUGCUGAAUUGCAAACGUUCUUGAAAUUGAACGGUGUUCGUACAGUGUUCGCAGCACCUUAUCAUCCCGCCAGUAAUGGCAGGGCCGAACGGAUGGUAAGAGAAGUCAAGGAAGCUUUGAAGAAACAACAGGAAGGCACAACUCAGUGCAAGAUUGCGCGGUUCUUGUUUAAACAACACACCAUGCAGCAUUCUGUCACGGGAAAGUCACCGGCAGAAUUGAUGAUGGGGCGGAGGUUGAGGACAGCCUUGGACAGACUUCACCCAGAUCGUCAGCGUGAACCUGAGGUUCAGGCGUCGCCAACAAAGUGUUUUGCUGUGGGUGACGCAGUCUACGCAAAGAGUUUCAAUCCAGGACCCCGGUGGAAAGCAGCUACCGUGGUGGAAGUGCGAGGCCCGGUGUCGUACACGGUCCAACUGGACAACGGGGAGCGCCAUCACAGACACCGGAACCAGCUGAGACGAGCCUGGACGGCGCCUCAAGGGGAUGCCAGCACAAGGGUGGACUAUCACUUCAGGCUCCCACCUACAGCGGGAACGUCGCAGCGGCCGGAGGCGAGCACGGAGUCAGCAACGCAAGCUCCGGCUCCACCACGAAGAUCAACACGCAAUCGACAUCCUGUUUCAACGGAGACAAGGGUACCACAAGAGCCAGCUAGCGACGCGUUGGAAUCUGCGGUGGACAUACGAGCUUACGUUAUCGAAUCUAGCGGCGAACACCUUGCGGUUUCCAGCGCCAUCAAGGCGCUUUCGGCGCUCUACAUGAUGGGUGCUAUGGAGUUUGAUGACGACUACGACAAUUGGUCGGACGUGGAAGCCCUUGCUGCCGUCUACAAGUGGUACGAGACCCGCUGUCUGUGUCCCUGCAUCAAGACGAUGGAUCUACGACGCGUCUUGUGCAUCUUUAGACAGAGCAGCGACUGGUCUCGCACGUUCACCACUAGCCUCAUCAGACGGGCCUAUAAGAAGAACAAGCGGCGACUGAGCAACCUUCGAUUUCCUAGUUUCGACGCCAUUUACAACGACAUGUUGUGA